CCGGCGAAAUGAAAACAACGUUUUGACAACAUUGCACUGGCCGGUCACUUGUGCACGGAUGUGAGGGGGGACCUGUGACGAACUAAUUAGUUGUUUGCUGGUGACAGUUAAAUGGGCGUGUAGACUGUUGUGGUCGCGUGGAGAAAACGACAUGACGACUCGAUUGAAAUUCUGGAAACCAGGGACUGCUGGUCCAGGUCAGGGGUUACAGGAAGAGAGACAGUCAACCAAAGACGCUGAGGCACAGCCUGUCAAGUAUAAUGCCAACCAAUCAAUGUCCAUAGAACAGCAGAGACAGAAGUUGCCAGUGUUUCAGCAUAGGAGUCAUAUCCUGUAUCUGGUGGAGAGGUACCAGACGGUGGUGAUUAUUGGGGAGACAGGCAGUGGGAAGAGCACACAAAUACCUCAGUAUUUGCUGGAGGCUGGGUGGGCUGCAGAGGGUCAUGUGAUCGCUGUGACACAACCAAGACGAGUUGCUGCUGUAACGGUUGCUGACCGAAUUGCGGAGGAGAGAGGCACGCUGCUCGGGGACGAAGUAGGGUACAUGAUCCGCUUUGAUGAUUGUUCCGAUCCCAACACCACACGGAUAUUGUUUCUCACAGAUGGUAUGCUGAUAAGAGAAAUAAUGAAAGAUCCUUUACUGAGAAAAUACAGCAUCGUGAUGGUGGAUGAAGCACAUGAGAGAAGCAUUAACACUGACAUUCUCCUGGGGCUGCUCCGUAAGAUUCAAAGGAAGCGGAAUGACCUCAAAGUGAUUGUUGCAUCAGCCACGUUGAAUGCGGAGGAAAUGAGAGAUUUCUUCAACAGCAAUGAGACAGAAGAGCCACUAAAUGACACAGCUACCAUACUGACUGUGGAAGGUCGAGAGUUCCCUGUAGAUGUCCACUACCUGCUUGAUCCCCACCCUGACUAUCUGAAGGCCACUGUGGAGACUGUGAUGAAGAUUCACUUCAAUCAACCUGCAGGAGAUGUCUUAGCUUUCCUCACAGGCCAGGAAGAAGUACAGAGAGUGGUGUCAAUGUUGAUCGAUGAAGCAAAGAAGUUGAAGAAAGAUGACCUGAAGAUGAAAGUACUGCCCAUGCAUGGAAGUCUGCCAGCGUCAGAACAGAUGAAGGUUUUUGAGAGGACAUCUCGUUACGUCAGGAAGAUUGUUGUGGCAACAAACAUUGCUGAGACCUCCAUUACCAUCAACGGCAUCGUUUAUAUUGUCGACUGUGGUUUUGUGAAGAUAAAGGCCUACAAUCCCACCUCUGGUAUUGAGUCCCUGGUGAUUGUGCCAGUGUCCCAGGCUUCAGCCAAUCAGAGAGCAGGGAGAGCCGGACGUGUACGAGCUGGGAAGGCCUACAGACUGUACACAGAAACAGCCUAUGAUGGUCUGCCGGACUCAACAGUUGCUGAGAUGCAGCGGAGUGACCUUGCCCCCAUCAUCCUGCAGCUCAAGGCUCUCAGCAUCUCCAACGUCCUCCGCUUCCACUUCCUGUCGGCUCCGCCAGCACAGAACAUGCUACGGGGCUUGGAGCUGUUGUAUGCUCUCGGAGCCCUUGAUGACAAUGGCAACUUGACAUCCCCCCUGGGUCUACAGAUGGCGGAGUUCCCCCUGUCCCCCAUGUUUGCCAAGAUGCUGCUGGUGUCAGGAGAGUUUGAGUGUUCCGAGGAGGCGCUUACUGUAGCAGCCAUGACGCAAAUUCAGAACGUGUUUGUCACUCCAUCGGGGAAGAAAAUAAAAAUGGACAAAGCCAAGAGAAGGUUCUCCUGUGAAGAAGGAGACCAUGUGUCAAUUAUAAACAUCUUUAAUGCAUUCCUGAAGUAUGGUAAGAACUCUAAGUGGUGCCAUGAGUACUUCCUCAACUACAAGGGCCUUUGUCGGGCCGUGGAGAUUCGCAACCAACUUCAGAGACUCCUCAAGAAGUACAAUGUUCCUCUCAAGUCCUGUGAAGACAAUGUCGACGCAAUCAGAAGAUGCAUCACUGCCAGUUUUUUCUCCAAUGCUGCCAAGCUGCACUAUACUGGUGUUUACAAGACAGUAAGAGACGAACACGUCCUUAACAUACAUCCCACAUCUGUCCUCUUUCCAGAGGUUCCCCCUCAGUGGGUGGUGUUUAAUGAGGUGGUGCAGACUUCUAAGGACUUCAUGCGUGACAUCACAGUCAUCAAACCAGAAUGGUUGUGUGAGCUGGCACCUCACUUCUAUCAGUUUGGCACGGAGCGGGAGCUUGCAAGUAAGAAGUUGAAAACUGACACCGAUGAUGAAGAUGAUUGAUGAAGCUCAAGACUAGGAGAUGUCCCAGCCGGACAUACAGACCAUCUCUCAGCUGUCAUGCCGGACUAGGAACUCUGUCCAAGUUUUGAUUGUCUGGUCAAGCUUGUGGAAUGUAGACAAAGGGAAAUAACUCCAUUCACUCAAAUGUUAAGCAUGAGGAGCAUCUUGUUUUUUCCCUUCAACUUAAUGUGAUGCGAAAACAAGCAUUAAUUUGUACAGUUGAAUUUUUAUUACAACUGGUCUAAAUUCCAGUUAUUGGCUACUUCAGUGAGAGGUGAUUGCCCGUGAAGAUCCGGGUUAGAAUUUGCCUUCAGCAGCCCAUGCGUGUCCCAAGAGGCGACUAACAGGAUUGGGUGGUCAGGUUGACUUAAUUGACGUGUCAUAUUGCUGAGUGCAGGGUUAAAUAAUAACAAACACACCUUAUGGAUGUUGAUGUUCACUGCACAAAUCUGAACUGUCUUCAUGCUUGUUAUAAGAGGCGACCAACGGGAUUGGGUGGUAAGACUCACUACUUGGUUGACACGUCAUCGUAUCCUAAUUAUAUAGGUCGAUGCUCAUGCUGUUAAUCACUGGAUUAUUAGGUCCAGACUCAAUUAUCUACAGACCAGUGCCAUAUAGCUGGAAUAUUGCUGCGUGCGCCGUUCAACAACCAAACCAAACAAAAACCUGAACUGUCUUGUAUCUUUUUAUCACAUAUUUUUUGAGUCAGUCUAUCACCAACUUGAACUGAGAUUGCUAGGUUUGUCAUUAAACAAUUGGGUUUACAAUAGGUGUGACUUAGUCACAGAUUCUCUGAUCCUAAGUGUUUCACCUCCAUACUGAUUAGUGUUGGGAAUUGGUUGAAAUCUCACAAUUGAUGAUUGGUUCAAUACCAACGACCAAUCAUUGAAAAAAAAUUGGUUCGCGACAUUUUUUAGAUUUU